AUGAUGAAGUGCUGGCUGUUUCUCGUGUUCCUUGGAUACCUUAGUGGCACUAGUUUUGGAAAAUACCUACCACCUGGGGGAUUGGUAUGGAUCAACUGUACAAGACCAAAUGAAUACUACGAUUGCGGUAGCGCCUGUCAGACCGAGUGUGCUACUCUAGGACAACCAUGUCCAAUUAUAAACGUAAGGUGUAACGAUGACUGCUACUGUAUGGAUGGAUAUGCCAGAGAUGAUAAUGGUGUCUGCAUUAGAAUAGAGGAUUGUCCCGCAAAAUAUAUUUGCUAUUCUACAUACAAAAAAUAAACUGUUAUAUUCAUUCCGUUAUUGACUAAAUUUAUUACAACCCUAAAAAAGAAAUAAAUAUGUAGCUUAUAAUAUAACUCUGUUAUGUGCUUA